UUGAAUUUUUUGAUCCGUUUAUGAUUGUAGUACAAGAAUUUUUUGACUCGAGGCUUGAAUUUCUGAUUACUGAGAUAAUUGCAAUCGAAAUGCCUUUAUGGAACAUCAAAGUUUUCUUCCAUUUGUUAACUGUUUGUGUUGGAUUCUGAAUUUUCCUUUAUGUGACGUUAUUAUAACUACAGCAAUUGGGUCUAUUCCACAUAAUUUGUGUCCACCCCACAUAGAAUUUCUGAAGAGAUCGUCCAAUUUCGAACUUUUUCAGACUUUUGUUGGUAUAGAUAUAUAGGAAUUGGAUCAAUUAAUUAUUUUGGAGUUUCUUAUACCAUAUUUAUACAAGUUUAGAGGCCUCUCAUUGUCAAAUGAGUCAUAACUGUGUUGGGUUGUAGCCUAACCUAAGAACAUCACAUAGGAAGAAACAUCACGUAGCCUAAUCUUUGACUGAGAGAGAGAUCAAUAAGAUUUUAGAAAAGAAGAAACAAAUGUAAAAUUUUUUCCUCAGAGCUACAAAGUGCUUGACAGAAACUUACACAUCUAAAGUUAGUCGAAGAAAUCAAUGAUUUUUCUACUUGGAUUUUGAAGAAAACAACUGUGCGAUCCUUAAGGUUAAGGUCUUCGUUGUUUUUGCUAUGAACAUGAAGAGAUCAAUGUUUUCUCGUUCUUUCCUUUUUGCCUCUUGAUUUGGGUAUAAAAAAAAUUUGGUUACGAUUUCCUUUCUAUUUGAUAUGAUGACAAGGUAUCAGCUAGAAAUUUUUUAUAGCAAUAGAAGUUGUGCUUUUAUUGUACUCUACUCUUAAACUUCAAAAUUUAGUGUUUAAGGGUGGUUACGAAAAUCUGUCUCUGAGAUAUUGUGUUGGUUAUUAGUAGGUGGCUGUUAUAGUUCGAGGAAUAUAAUAAUGAUGUGGUUGGAAUGGUAGCUAUUUUAGUUGGAAAUAGUAAAUACCGGAACAAAGAGGGAUAGAGAUGAUGAGUGAAAAAUGGUAAAUACGAAGCAUGAUACAUCAACUAUUAUAAUUGGAAGUAGGUUGUAAUAGUUCAGUUCACUCACGUGAAUUUGCCUGCCUGUUGAGUUUGACAUCUGUCUUCUCCGAAAAUUUACACCUCACCCACCAACAUGCUUACAGGAGCUCUGACGAGAGGAUUUGAAUUUCAGUGUUGAUUCUUUAUACUAAGGCAACGGAAUGGGGAAGCUCGGGAAGAAAGCAAGGAAGUUUGCAAAGAAAAAUCUUCAGACUGUGCUCAGAAGGAAACGGAAACUGAAAUCUUCGUUCAAAAAGAAAGCUCCAUCAAGACAGGACGAAGACAGUGUUGAAAAUAAGGACGGCGCGUCGAAGCUUCACAAUCGAUUGAAUGGUGAAGCUGAUGAAAACAACGUUGUUUCCCUUGAGGCAAUUUUCAGUGAAGAUGAAUAUGAUAUGCUUGAAGAUGAUUCCGACAGUGAUGGUUACAUCUCAGAGGAACCAAGCUCUUUUAACACACCUGAAAAUGAAAUCGACAAUAGUUCUGAAGGUGGCAUUGAUAUGAUUAAUCCCAACGAUUUAUCAGAUCAAAACAAAGAAAUCCAUUCAGAACUCACAAAGAAAAUCAAGCAUCUGAAUAGGUUGAAAGAAAAGGAUCCAGAAUUCUUGAAGUUUCUGGAAACUUAUAAGGCUGUUGAACCUUUCAGAGAUGAAGACACUAGUUCUGAUGAGGAAACAAUCAAUGCUGAUGGGCUAAAGCGAGAUGAACAGAGUGUUAGUUCUAAUAAAAACUUCUUGUUGAGUUCCUCUGUCAUUGAUUCCUGGUGUCAUCAAGUCAAGAACAAGCAGGAUUUGCCUCUAUUUACCAGUCUCAUAAAUGGGUAUCGAGCUGCAUGUCACUACGGAUCUGAAGCAAUAGGCAACGUAGAUGCUGGCAGAUGUUAUAAAAUUGUAAACAGUGAAACUUUCUCCAAGAUAUUAAUUUUCAUGCUUUCUGAGGCUGACAAUUUAUUUAGGGAGCAGCUAGGACUCUUGACUAAGAGCUAUAAAAAGGAAAUGAUUUUAGAAUUGAGAAACACUCAAAAGUGGAAAACGCUCAAGCCCUUAAUCAAGUCAUAUUUAAGGAGUAGCUUGUUUCUCUUGAACGAGGUUUCAGAAACUGAGAUAUUGAGGUUCUCUUUGGCUCGAAUAAGAGUGUCUGUUAUAUUCUUUGCAGCUUUCCCUUCUCUGCAGCGCAGGCUCAUUAAGAUUGCAGUACAUCUGUGGGCAACUGGUGAAGGAACAAUAUCAUCACUCUCAUUUCUCAUAAUACGAGAAAUGAGUUCUGUGCUUGGAUCUAAUGUCUCCGACACCUGUUGGAUUAAAAUGUACAAGGCUGUCAUUGGUAACUGUCAAUUUGCGGAACCAAUUCUGCAUAAUCACAUGCAAUUUUUGAGGGACUCCUUCGUUGAGUUAUGCUCUCUUGAUGUCCAUAGAUCUACUACUAGGGCCAAGGUUUCAAUCCAGCAACUUACAAAGAUACUAAAUCAGGGUUUACGAAUGAAGAAGAAAGAAGCAGUUCAGAUGAUGCGCAGUUGGCAAUUUAUCAAUUGCAUUGAUCUCUGGGUCAAGUUCAUUGGUGCAAAUUUCCAGGAUUAUGAUUUGCAAACAUUGCUCUACAAUGUUAUUCAGAUUAUAAAUGGAGUGGCUGUAUUGUUUCCUGGUCCUAGAUAUUUACCGUUACGAAUUAAAUGCAUUAAGUGGUUGAAUUAUCUUUCCAGAUCCAGUGGGAUUUUUAUCCCUGUUGCAUCUAUGGUGUUGGAUAUCUUGGAACAUAUAAUUGUCAAGGAGGGCAAGAAUCCAGGAGUCGUCUUCCACCACUUGUCUGUCCUACAGCUGCCAAAAUAUUGGUUGAAGUCGCAGAACUUUGUGGAGGAAUGUGUUUUAUCUACCAUUGAACUUUUAUCAUCUCACUUUUCUCAAUGGAGUCACCAUAUAUCCUUCCCUGAACUCGCUACUAUUCCACUUAUUCAACUCAAGAAGUUUCAUGCGACAUCUACAACAGAGAAUCUCAAGCGUUUGGUAAAACGUUUUAUUGAUCAGGUUGAGCAGAAUAUCGACUUCAUUAAAAAAAAGAGAGAUGAAAUCUCGUUUUCACCCAACGAUCAGCAAGCUGCUGAAUCAUUUCUUCAGCUAGAGAAAUGCAACAGCAACGUUCCAUUUAUACAAUAUUACAAAAGCAUAUUGGACAAAGCUGCAUCCAGGAGUCUGGCUGUGGAUAAAAAGUUCCUUGGAGCCAACAAAAACAAAAAGAAAAGGCAGCAGCAUGAAAAAAAUCAGCAAAUUGAAUCGGCUGCUAACGGCAACGUACAUCCAGAGAAGAAAAGAGGGAAAAAGAGGAAAACUUGAGAAGGAACAGGUUUAUCUGCCCUUUCUCUCUCUUCAAAUAUUAAUACUAUUUUUAUCCCUAGAAAUUCUCCGUUGGUAAAUUCAGAAGAUAAUUUAUCCCAUAGAUCAGGAGCCAUCAGGUUAGAUACUAGAAUUGACUUCUAGCACAACAAGAAAGUUGCCAUUAGUGAAAUUAAUGCCGAGAAAAUAGUCGUGUAGAUUAGUUUAGAGCAUUGAAAUUCAUUGUCUUUUGGGGGUAAUAUCAAUUUUGUUUGGAUAAUUGAAAGUGCAAAAUGUUUAGAAGUCUUUCUUGAUCGUAUCUUUAUACCAAAUUUUGCUUGUUGAGUACUCUAAAGGAAAAGCGAAAGUCUCCAUUUAGAUA